AUGAGUUCAGUCGCAUAUCAUAGAUCCCCAUGCCCAGGAAGAAUCUUCGAAGAUCUUGGAGUCGGAUUCAGUCUCGGAUGAUUUGGAGGUUCACUAAUUUAUUUCUUUAAAGGAGCAUGGAAUUCGCCAAGGAGAAUGAAAAUUAGAGGAGGAUUGGCACAUAUUAGAAAUCGUGCUCCAUUUAUGGGAGGCUCAUUCGCAAUGUGGGGUGGAUGCUUCUCAUCCUGUGACUGUUUAAUGAUUUGGCUAAGACAAAAAGAUGACCCCCUCAACGCUUGUGUAGCUGGAUUCGUCACUGGUGGUGUCCUUGCCAUUAGAAGUGGAGCUAGUAAUGCUUUCAAGAACGCAGUCAUUGGUGGAGGAAUUCUAUGUCUGAUUGAAGGAGUCUCGGUAGUCCUUCAAGCAGUAAUGAUGAGAAACCAGCAAAUUAUGCAAGAAAAAAUGCAAAAAAUGGAACUCGAGAGAAUGAGACAAGCUCAGGCUCAGAACAAAAACCCAUGGGAAAUUGAGUUCAAUGAAAAAGAAGCUAUGAGUGGUGCUCCAAAAUCCUUUGAAUUCUAAUAAAUUUAUACUUC